AAGACACAAUAAGGCUUUGUUUGGAUUGCAAGGUCACAUUCACACAUUCAAACACCAAUUGAGGCUUUCACAAAUGGCUGACGCCGAACACAGACUAAGCCUGGAACCAGAGAAACAGACUCUUCUUAACCACCACACCGAGAAGCAUUUCACCGCCGGCGAGAUCGUCCGUGACAUAAUCAUCGGCGUCUCCGACGGGCUCACCGUCCCCUUCGCCCUAGCCGCCGGCCUCUCCGGCGCCAAUGCCACCUCCGCCAUUGUCCUCACCGCCGGCAUAGCCGAAGUCGCCGCCGGAGCCAUCUCCAUGGGUCUCGGCGGGUAUCUGGCGGCGAAAAGCGAAGCUGAUCAUUACAAGAGGGAAUUGAAAAGGGAGCAAGAAGAAAUCAUUGCCGUACCAGAUACUGAAGCGGCUGAGGUAGCAGAAAUACUGGCUCAAUAUGGGAUAGAGGCACAUGAAUAUGCACCUGUGGUGAAUGCUCUUAGAAGGAAGCCUCAAGCAUGGCUUGAUUUCAUGAUGAAAUUUGAGCUGGGACUGGAGAAGCCGGAUCCAAGGAGAGCAUUGCAUAGUGCAAUGACAAUUGCAAUUGCUUACGUAUUGGGUGGGAUUGUUCCUCUGGUUCCUUACAUAUUCAUUCCAAGGGCAGCAGAGGCAGUUGUGUUUUCAGUAGUGGUUACCUUGGUUGCAUUGCUCUUCUUUGGCUAUGCUAAGGGAUACUUCACAGGCAAUAAACCUUUCAAGAGUGCUUUGGAAACUGUUCUUAUUGGUGCCAUUGCCUCUGCGGCUGCUUUUGGUAUGGCAAAGGCUUUCCAUCCAUAGAU